AAGCGAGGCGAACUCAGGGCCUAGGCAAACGCAAACAAAUAAACAAAAGCAUAAAAAGAUAUGUUACAGUUCCCGGCGUUCAUGACACAGUACGCGUGGUCGAAGAGGACGAUUCCAACGUCGUUUCUUCUUCCCCCUCGGUGCCAACCUCACAGCGAGGAGCUUCUCCUCGCGAUGGAGGAAUCCGAUUUUGAUGAAAAGUGUAAAGAAAUCAGGAAGACUAAUAGCAACCUGGUUGUGAUCGGGAAAACCACUGUUGAUAAUGAUAAAAAAGACUAUGACGAUGAUGCCAACAUUGAUGAUGCUGACACUGCAGAGCUAUCUGAAGGUGAAGAAUUUGAGCAGGAAACUGCUUGAAAAUUGUGUGUAGCGGCAGUACCCCUAAGUCUUAAAGCGUCUCUAAGAUUCUAAAUGCUAGCAUAUACAAUGGCAUCGAGUUGUAUUUGAACAUGCCUGGACUUGCUCUUUUAUUAGCUUAUGUACCUAAGAAGAACAAUUGUAUUUGUUUGACUGUGUCUGUUAUGAUUUAGGUGACCGAGAUCGAAGAAAUAGAGCUCCUCCCAUUUUAUAAAUGAAUUA